AUGCAGGUGUUAACCAAGCGCUACCCCAAGAACUGCCUGCUGACCGUCAUGGACCGGUACUCAGCUGUGGUGCACGACAUGGAGCAGAUGGUGAUGAUCCCUAGCCUUCUGCGGGACGUGCAACUGAGUGAGCGUGAGGGCCAGGCCCACGAGGGGGCCUCUGAUCUCUACAGCUACUUUAUCAUGCUCAAGACCAUCCGUGUGGAAGUGGAUCAUGGGUUGCUGCCGAGGGAAGAGUGGCAGGCCAAGGUGGCAAGUGGCAAAGCCAUUGAGGCUGAGAACGAAGCUGUAGAGAGGGAGGAGGCUCAGGAAGAGAGGAUAUCGGAGCUGGACCUGGAAGCCCAGUUCCACCUGCACUUCUCCAGCCUCCAUCACAUCCUUACCCACCUUACCCUGAAAGCCCGGGAGGUGACGAGGAAAUACCAGGAAAUGACUGGACAGGUCUUGUAG